AUGUCUCCUUCAGCUGUAUGUGAGGCCUCGCCCGAGAGCCAAGGUUCGGUGAACGGCCAUAAUCAUGACGGCUUUGCGGCUGUCAAGUCUAGCAAUGGCACCGUCUCGCUUGCAGAAAGUCUCGCGGGGCUCCAGACAGAGCAGAAAAACUCGAAAACAACAAAUAUUGAUUCCAUGAGUUCACUAGAACUAUGUCGCGUUAUCAACGAAGAGGAUGCCUCGGUCGCACAAGCAGUUCAGACCUGUCUUCCACAGAUUGCCGAUGCUAUCGAUAUUAUCGUGCCUCGUCUGUUGAGUGGCGGACGAGUCAUCUACACCGGAGCAGGAACAAGUGGGAGGUUAGGCGUUCUUGAUGCCUCAGAAAUUCCCCCUACGUUCUCGGCCCCUCCUGGACAGUUCGUCGGUCUGAUUGCUGGGGGAGACUACGCGAUCCGAAACGCUGUCGAAGGCGCCGAAGACUCGGAGGAGUUGGGAGCAACAGACCUCGCAGAACUUACGCCGCCGCUCAGCAAGAAUGACACUCUGGUGGGGAUCGCCUCUUCAGGGAGAACUCCCUAUGUACUGGGUGGCUUGAAGUACGCCAGCUCCAUCGGAGCUGCCACGGUCGGGCUGGCGUGCGUCAAGCCCAGCUCACUCGGGUCCCUCUGCGAUGUUCUGAUUGAGUGCGUCACUGGGCCCGAGGUUGUGACGGGCAGCACUCGACUCAAAGCAGGCACUGCGACGAAAAUGGUGCGUAUUCUCUGCCCUGUCUUUCCUGUCUUCUUUUUGUCCCACCAGCUCAUCAUGACUUACCAGAUUCUAAACAUGAUCUCAACCGGUUCGCAAAUCCGCACAGGAAAGACAUUUGGAAACUUGAUGGUCGACUUGAAAAUGUCGAACGAGAAGCUGCAGAACCGGGCUCGCCGAGUCGCCCGGAUGGUAGUCCCUCCAUCAUCGGCCCUGGAUAUCGAGAGUGAAGAGGUACUGGAUGCUGUCCUCGCCGAUUGCGAUGGUCAGGUCAAGCUCAGUAUUCUCGUAGCUACCCUAGGCUGCUCGCCAGCCGAGGGACGGGCCAAGCUGGCGGCUGCCUCAGGGUCGUUAAGACAAGCGCUGCAGGGAAAUGUAACUGACUGA